AUGUGGGAUCAAUAUGCCAAUGAUACAUGUCUUCCGGAUCCAAGGGCUCCUUGCAGUGGGCAAGGCUACCCGGCCUAUGUAGUCAACGCGAGCACCCCCGAGCAUGUCAAGACUGGGGUGGACUUUGCGCGCAGGCACAACAUCAGACUUGUCGUCAAGAGCACCGGCCACGACUAUCUAGGACGAUCGAUUGCUCCCGGAGCCUUGUCAAUCUGGACCCAUUACUUGAAUAACAUCGAGUAUCACGCGGGACAGUUCAAGCUCAAUGGCUCAGGAAAAGCGAUUACUGGCGACGCCGUCACUGUUGGGGGCGGCACCGAAAUGUACGACAUUUACUCGGCAACCGACAAACAUAACCACACCAUCGUCGGAGGCGGUGGCAAAACCGUCGGUAUCAGUGGCUACAUCUCGGGCGGCGGUCACUCCAUCCUUGCUCCUCGAUUUGGACUUGCAGCAGACCAAGUACUCGAGAUGCAGGUGGUGACACCAAGAGGAGAAAUCUUGACUGUCAAUGAAGAUCGACACGCUGACCUCUUCUGGGCUCUGCGCGGUGGUGGAGGUUCGACAUUUGGUGUCAUUACCUCUAUUACUCUCAAGACACAUCCUACCCCAAAGAUCUUUGCGAUUAAUUGGAUGGCGCUCAUCCAGCCCAACUCGACCAACUUCAGCGACAUCAUCACUUACUUGGUAUCUCAAGUGCCUAGCUUGAUGGACGCCGGUCUAUCAGGAUACAGCUUUGUGGGAUACCAAGUGCCCAAGCCUGUGCCGAUCCCCGGCCUACCAGAUACCAUCAACGGCAUGUUCGGCCAUGCCGUUCUCCAAGAUGCCGACAGCGAGGACGACGUCGACCAGAUUCUCAAGCCACUGAAUGAGACGCUGAAAAAUAAGUGGCCCGGCGAGGUUGGGCUUUACAACUCGGUAGUCCCAUACAAGUCAUUUUUGGCCUGGUUUGACGACUACUAUGACCAGCAGACCGCCGGAAAUAGUAGCUAUCUUGUCUCGCGGCUGUUGGACAAGAAGACACUGACCACCACUUCUCCCGAGCUGACCAAGGCGCUCAUGGCACCGAUUCCGUACACAAAUUCAUACGCGGUAUUUAUGGUGGGAGGAAGGGGUGUCAAUGAUGCUAAACCAAGAGGAGGAGGCAAUGCCGUCCACCCCGCGUGGCGAAACGCCUAUGUCCAUGCCAUAACCGCCGCUGGAUUCCCGCAUUUCAAUACUACCGCACGUCUUGAAGCGAUUGAGAUUCUGCAAAGGGCGUUCCAACCGCUCCGAGACCUGACGCCCGAGUCUGGCUCCUACAUCAACGAGGCGCUUCCAUUUGAGAAGAACUUUCAGCAGACAUUUUGGGGAAGUAACUAUGAGCGUUUACUUGAGCUCAAGCGCAACGUUGACCCGACUGAUGUGUUUUGGUGUCUGCCGUGUGUUGGUAACGAGCGGUGGCAGGAGGGUGAGGAUGGCAAGCUAUGCAAGAUAAAGUAG